CCAGCACCAACACAACGAACGAGGCCCAGAAAGAACACCAAGGACUGCAACCCACUCACCUGGGCAGCUGGACUUUUGUGACUUCAAAACAACACCGAUCUCUGCAAGACAUAGAACUUCUUUCGCGUCGCACCUUUCAGCAUUCGCAACGAUCAUGUCAUCGGCCACUGCAACGCCAACGCCCACGGCAAAGCCGCUGUCCUUCAUGGAGAAGCUUGGCCCACUCGUCUCCUUCUAUCGGCCGUCGGGGGCUCCAAGCACGAGCGCCGAACAUCAACCACGACUCAUCAUCGUCUCCGGGUGGACGGACGCCAGAGACGCUCACGUUGCCAAGUACAUCGUCAAGUACCAGGCCCUGUACCCUGCUGCUCAGAUCCUGCUUCUCAAGAGCACCGGGGACUGCAUCCUCCGCCCAGCACAGAUCGGCCCCGCCAUGAAACCCGCCGCUUCUGUCGUUCGUGCUGCUACUCAGUUUCCGGCGUCGUCUGCCUCGCCACCUCUUCUUAUACACAUGUUCUCCAACGGCGGGUCCUCCAGCGUUGCGAACCUGUACGAGCAAUACGCCGCCACGGCAGGCCCCGACGAGGACAAGCAUCUUCCCCCACACGUCACCAUCUUUGAUUCCUGCCCGGGCCUCUUCGGCAUCUCCCAAGCAGUGGCAUUUUUCGACAGCAGUCUCUCGUUCUUCCAGCGGCUGAUUGCUGCGCCGUUUCUUUACGCUUUUGUGGUUUUCUGGAAUGCCGCCAUGGCUCUAAGGAUUUUCCCCAACUCGUUGGCCGAGUGGUAUCAGUCUCACAACAAUCACCCUGGCAACACGGCCGAGGUGCGCCGGGUGUAUAUCUACAGUAGCAAUGAUGCACUGAUUAGUUAUCGAGAUGUUGAGGCUCAUGCGGCUGAGGCCAAGGGCAAGGGCUUCUCCGUUGCGUUGGAGAAGUUUGAGAACUCGGCCCACGUCGCACACCUGAGGAAGGAUGAGGCUCGGUACUGGGAAAUUGUGAGGAAGGCCAUGGAAGGGUGAGAAACGGUAUCUGAAUCUCGGAUCUGAAAGGCUGUUCUAGUAACAGGAACACAUUAAACAACCAGGCUCUUGGUCUAAGAGCCUCCGGUGGCGGCAAAUCAACAAGCAUCAGCAGUGCCUUUUCAUUACUAUGUUACAUUUAAAUCUAUAGAUACCCUCAACGAUACUCUCAAGUA